AAAUACUUUUUUCUCAUAAAACCCUAAACCCUUAGCAAAAGGAACUUACUUGGUCCCAAUAAAAUCCACAGAAAUACAAUAAAUUCAAACAAAUCCUUCCCUUGUUAGUAUUAAGAUGGCAUUAUUUCGUCGCAUUUUCAGUGGAUCUUCAACGAUUGUUCAAGCACAAUAUUCUUCAAUUCGGUUGAAUUCAACCCUCACAAGUCCUAAACUUUUUGUCAGCGGGCUUUCAAGAUACACUAGUGAUGAAAACCUUAAAAAAGCAUUUGAACAAUUUGGAAAUCUUACUGAAGCAAAAGUAAUUACUGAUAGAGCAACUGGGAGAUCAAAGGGGUUCGGAUUUGUUUCUUAUGAAACAAUAGAAGAAGCAGAGAAGGCUCGCGAAGGAAUGAACGCGAAGUUCUUGGAUGGCUGGGUAAUUUUUGUUGACCCUGCGAAGCCAAGUAUGCCUAGACCUCCACCACCACCUCCACAAGAUCCAAUGAACUUUGGGAUUACAACAAAUAAGACUGUUGGUUGGACUGGCCGAUGAUGACGAGGGACUCUCGUUCAUCUUAGUGAUUAUUCAAAUUGCAAUAUAUGGCAUCGAUUGGCCAAUGACCAGGAUAGUGCAUGUUUAAUGAAAUAUUGAUUGCAAAAUAACAUUUUUGUCGAAGGAUAUUGUACUUGAGCUAAAAUAUAUUCUAGUUCACUUUUAAAGAUAUACUAUGUGACAAAUUAUUAUUUCGAUAAAAGAUUUGAUAAUUGGUGGGACAAUUUGUGUUCAUCUUGAUAAUUUUAUUGAUGAUUAUUCACAGUGUACUUAGUUUCUUAAUGGAAGAGUGUUAUUAUUUAUUUA